AUGGUACAGCCCGACCUUGGUCCUCCAGCGACGAAGUACAAGGAAGAUUCGAUUGAUGAUCCCCCCUCUCGCUCUCUUCCGCCUACCACAUAUCCUCCCCCACCCCAUCAAUUAGGAAACGAAGUUCUCCAUCAUAAUCACUACGGACCGCCUCCUCAAGAGUCGCCCUACUACACCACCCAUUCUUCCUAUACAUCGACCCCGGCGUCGGCACAUUACCCUUCUAGUGGGCCACCUGACCUCAUGGCCUCUACCGCUCAAAUGCAGAGACCUUAUCCCUCUAUCUACCACACCCCUCAAUCAAGCUCACCAGCCUCGGUAGCUUCUCAGUCACAUGAACAACAUGGCCGCAACAUGUACUCGUCACCCCAGAUGCCGCCACAGAUGUUUGGCUAUCCUCCAUACUCGCCCAUGAACCCAGUUCAGCCCCCAUACGGGGCCCACCAUUCUCCCCAACAGCAUCCUACAACACAGCCAUUGAUGAUGCCUCCUCAGAAAGCUCCAUCCCAAGGGCCACCACACCAAUCCCCCCACCUCCCUACGUCCGGCAUGUCCAGCAGCCCCAUCAUGAAACUCGAUACCUCCCACCCCAGUUCUUCAAAGCAAUCGAUGCUGAACCCUCCCCACACGGCAACCAGCAGCCACCACAUGUCUGCUAGUAAUCCCCACGCAACCCCAUCACUAGGCGGCAGCACCUCCAGCGCAGCACCAGGCCCCAUCCCAGCCACUACCCCACUGGUCGUGCGACAAGACAGCAACGGCGUGCAGUGGAUCGCCUUUGAAUAUUCCCGAGACCGGGUGAAAACGGAAUACACCAUCCGCUGUGACGUGGAAUCCGUCAUCGUGGACACGCUCACGCAAGAAUUCAAAACCGAGAACUGCGUGUACCCGCGGGCCUGCUGCAGUAAAGACCAGUAUCGCGGGAACCGACUGGUCUACGAGACAGAAUGCAACGCUGUCGGCUGGGCGUUGGCCGAGUUGAAUCCCGCGCUGAGGGGAAAGCGUGGAUUGAUCCAGCGUGCUGUCGAUAGCUGGCGCAACAGCAAUCAGGACCCGAGACUGCGCAGCAGACGGGUUCGCCGUAUGGCUAAGAUUAAUCGAAGACAGUCGGUUCCCGCCCAGUCUCAUAUGCCGCAGCAAGGCCCGGUUGGUCCAUCUGGUCCGCCUGGUCCGGGCAUGAAUGCUAUGCCGGCUCCUGUUCCCCGUCCGAAUUUGGGUCCUAUGUCGAUGGGCCCGCCGCAGAUGCAUCAUCAUCAUCAACCUGAUGGUAAUCCUAAUGAGGAAGUUAGCGGUAUGUUUCACCACAUGUGA